CCGUCGUCGAAGCAGGGCAGCGAUGACACCUGUCUGGCUGCUUCUUCUGUGUGGCGUGGUGGCAGCCGAGCGCCGGUACCUGUUCACAGCGCCCAAUGUCUUCUUCGCCGGCACGCCUGAGCGGGUGUGUCUGACCCUGUUCGACGUGCCCGAGACCGGCAACCUGACGCUGACGUUCAGGAGAAGUGAGAGUAGCCCGACGUUCGCACAGCACACCCAGCAGGUGUCGGGCGUGGCGGGUGGAUCUAAACAGACCUGCUUUGCAAUUCAGCUACCAAAUCAGAGAAUUUCUAGCGCCUGGAUGGGUUUGGAAGUGACUUACCCAUCCGCCGUGGACUACACCAUAUCAGGAAGUCUACGCGUCCGUAUCUAUUUAAGCGACGUUCCUGAAGAGCAUCACUUCCUUCAGACGGACAAGUACAUAUACAAGGCGGGCCAGCUGGUCCGCUUCCGCGUCUUCUCCGUCGACUCGAACCUGAGGCCGAUUUCGGAGCCGUUGCCGCAGAUUUACAUCGAAUCGCCGGCCGGGACGAGGGUGGCGCAGUGGACAGAUGUGACUGGUCAGAGCGGGCUGGUGCAGUUGGAGAUGCAGCUGGCCGAUGAACCCAGUCUGGGUGAAUGGAACAUACACGUAGCGACAAGUGGCGGGCGUAAGGUGAAAAAGACAUUCAAGGUCGAAGAAUUUGUGUUGCCCAGGUUCGAGGUCAACAUCCAGGGUCCUCCAUUCAUUCUGGGUGACGCCGAAGAAGUGGCGUGGAAGGUGUGCGGAAGGUACACCUACGACAAGCCGGUGCAAGGAAAGGCAACCAUUCGUGUCACAACUGACGGGUAUGCCUGGUGGCAUUACUUCCCAAGCACGCAUAUCCAAGAAAAACACACCUCCGGGGACGACUGCGUCGUGUUCCACGUCAGGAGCGGAGAUCUCAGCUUCGCAUCUGAACCCCGCAGUUUCAAGGUCACCGCCGAAGUAACAGAGGACGGCACUGACGUCACGAUUAACAGCACCAAAACGUUCACCGUUGAGUACCAGAAGCUGAAGCUGGACACUGAAAACCAGAGAAGCAAAUAUUUCAAGCCAGGACUUCCCUUCGCCGAUCAGAUCACGGUACGCCACCCGGACAACACACCAGCUCCCGGUGAGCUGGUCCGGCUGUGUUUUGAGACCCACCGGACGACGACAGACCUCGGAAUCACCAUCAAGUCUUCUGCCGAUCCGGUCUGUCUGAACGUCACGUCUGACAGCAAAGGUGUGGUCGCGUUCACUCUGCCACCUCAAGAUCAGAAAAUCGAAGACAUAUCUAUUCAGGCCACGAUACCGCGCCUAUCCGAGACCAGGUACCCGUACGGCGGAAGCAGUUGGUCUUCCGCCCUGCGCUAUUGGUACCCAUCAACAUGGAUGAGAUCGCCCAGACUCAAGUACAACGUUGAGGGCUGGUCUUCUGAGUCAGGAGCCUUUGUGCAGCUGCUUCGGCUGCCCCGCAAGGAGUUCACGUGCGGCACUGAGGCCCGCAUUGACGUCUUCUUCACGACCCGUCUGGGAUCGCAGUUCGAGCUGUUUUACCAGGUCAUGGCCAACAGCGACAUCUUGCUGGCGGACUUAGUGCCGGUGACGUUUUCCGAGGCGGUCGACGCCUCUGCACUGCAGGAGGGCAGGGUCGUUAACCUGCCCACGGUGUCCGGGUCACAUCCCGUCGGUCAGGUGGCGCUCGCGAUCCCAGUGACGUCAUCCAUGUCCUCGGGCUUCCAUGUUCUGGUCUACAUGGUGAUUGAUGGCGAGGUGAUCGCGGACAGCCAGUCAUAUGCUGCGGAGCGCUGUCUGGACAACCAGGUGUCGCUGAGCUGGUCGCCUGACCGCGUCCAGCCGCGGGACACCGUGCAUCUGACGGUCACGGCAGCUCCCCGCUCACUUUGUGGACUCGAUGUGGUUGACAAAUCGGUGAGCCUACUCGGCGAUAAGAACAAGAUCACGCUGUCUGACAUCUAUGAGAGCCUUCGAGUUCUCACCUCGCGUGUUGGCAUCAGUCAGAUCAACGACGACGAGUACUGCAGGGCCAAACACGGACUGCCGCUGCUCUCGGACCCCCCUGGCUCCCCACCAGCCAGGCCGGCCAGGCGGAGGAGGCCGUUCCAGUCGGGUAUUACUAGUACACCACUGCGGCGUUACUCUUGGGCUUCGACCCAUGCAGAUUCGCUCACCGCAUUCGGUAGCAGCUCAGUCAUGGUGUUGUCCGACCUUGUCACCGAGGCGCGCAAUUGUAUUGCCAAAAUCCUCCCAUAUUAUCCUCGGCGUACUACCUUUGCCUCCGGAGCCAUCAUUACUGAAAGCGAUAGGGCUAUAGGCGCUGGCAUCUCCAGACCAUUUUCAACAGCCACACGACAACAGACGACAUAUUCCAGCUACGUCACUUCCACCAAAGUCCCGGACCCGGUCCCCUCAGUAGUGGUUUCCAACGCCCCGGCGCCGCCUCCGUCCGAGGUGCCUGACGAGGUUCGCACCGACUUCCGCGAGACGUGGUUGUUCGACCUCUACACAGUCGGGGACGACGGCUCGGUGACGUUGACACAGAAGGUGCCGGACACCAUCACCGAGUGGGUAGGCGGAGCCGUGUGCAGCUCGGAGACGGCCGGCCUUGGCGUGGCGCCGUCGGCCUCACUCACCAGCUUCCAGCCGUUCUUCGUCAGCUACACGCUGCCCUACUCGGUGAAACGCGGCGAGACGUUAGUGCUCAAGGUCUCGGUGCUCAACUACAACGAAGAGGCGCUGCCGGUCAAGCUGACACUGGUGGCGUCGGACGAGUUCGAGACGCUCUCGGCGCCGGUGGUGACCUCGUGCGUGUCGACCGGCGUGGCCGAGGUCGUGCCGUACCGGCUGCGGCCCGGCCAGCUCGGCGACGUUAACAUCACCGUGGUGGCUGAAGUGUACUCCGACUUCCCCGCCGAGUGUGGGUCAGAGGUGGUGCCCUACUUCAGGGAUGCCGUGACCAGGCCGAUUCUGGUGGAGCCGGAGGGCUUCGAGCAUGAAGUCAGCCACUCCUUCUUCAUGUGCAUCAGCCCGGAGGGUGCCGACCUGUCGAGCGGACCGAACAGACGGGAGGUUGACUGGCCGCUGCUUCUGCCGGCCGACCUGGUGCCCGACUCCGAGCGGGCUCAGAUCGCCGUCGUCGGAGACCUGCUGGGACCCAGCAUUGACAACCUGGAGUCGCUGGUACGGCAACCAACCGGUUGCGGCGAACAGAACAUGGUGCUCUUCGUUCCCAACAUUCACGUCAUGAAGUAUUUGACUGCAGUUGGUCAACUGACUGAGCGAAUCAAGGAUAAACUUGUCCGCUUUAUGAGAUCAGGCUACCAGCGCGAGCUGGGCUACCGUCACGAGGACAAGUCCUACUCGGCAUUUGGCGAGUCGGACGUCUCAGGCUCCAUGUGGCUGACCGGCUUUGUCAUCAAGUCGUUCGGUGACGCAAAGGAGUUCAUUUUCAUCGACGAGUCUGAACUGGAAGGAAGUGUGCGAUGGAUCGAAUCCCAUCAAUUGGGUAGCGGCUGCUUCCCAUCUGUGGGGACGGUUCUCAACAAGAAAAUGAAGGGCGGCGUUGGGUCCGGCGGCCAGCAGGCGCUGACGGCCUACAUCACCCAUCGCGCUGCUUGCAGUCGGGGAUCGAGCUGGGACAUCAGCUCUGACCUGUACACGCUGACCCUGCUGACGCACGCGCGCGCGUGGCCGCCGCCAUGGACGAGCAGCACCGCCCUGCGAGUACGCGUCUCCGAUGACGGCUCGCUGAACGACGUCAUCAACGUGACGGCGGACCAAUCUGUACUGAUGGAAACUCGUGACGUCACGCUGCUGCCAGGUCAAGUCCACGUCAGAGCACAGGGCACCGGCUGCGCCCUGGUGCAGGCCUCGUUGAAAUACAACGUGCAUACAGCCGGUCCAAACGACGCACUGACGAUCAAGGUGACCACCAAGCCCAAAAUGAACCAGCGCGAAUGUCUGAAGCAUACCAUAGACAUCUGCGUCAGCUACCUGAAGGAGGAUAGCGAAACCAAUAUGGCUGUGGUUGAGCUGGACAUGGUCAGCGGGUUCAUUCCCAACAAGGGAAGUCUGAAUGACCUCAAGCAGAACGUCGAGUUGGAUUUGAAGCGCUGGGAGGUCAACAACAACAAGGUGGUCUUCUACUUCGACUCGCUGGGAGGAAAGGAGCGCUGUUUCAGCAUCAUCGUACAGCGAGAGCAGGAGGUGGAAGAUGCCAAACGGGCGGUGGCCAGCGUAUAUGAUUAUUACCAGACAGAGUUCGCCCGGAGCACGUCGUACGCCCUGGACGUCAACUGCGACACAGUGCUGCUGUAGCCAAUAGCCGAUUCCAACGCCUGUGUCCGAGAACGACCAGCAAGGAGGUAACGCUGCCUGGGCCGCCGUGCCCUGUCCAGCUCAGUAGGACGCGCGGUCCGCCAACGACACGGGCUGAGGACGCUUGUGAUUAUUGGGAAGGACAUAGACAACAGCCUUCCGGAAUUUUUCUGAUGGGUUAAUUCACUGAUAUCACAUUGAUGGCAUCCAGAGUUUGUAGUGAUACGUAGCUGCAUCUCGCACGUCCUUGUCAGUGUGAUCACGGUUUGGUGUUAAGAACGGUUGUGGACGCUCUUGGCUACCACCCGAGCACCACGCGUCUUUGAAUGGACACGAGUUUUGACUUAUUACAACGCCGGCCGGUCGCCAUAACUGUCUGUCUGUAAAUAAAUAAAUAAAUGUAAAUAACUUUCUGUCUGUAACUUUCUGUCUGGUUUGUUCUUUGAUAAUCAUACCGUGAAGAAUAUAGAUGAGGGCGAGCCGAGUAAAGUUACUGCAAUCACGCUGCUGGAUAUCGCAUUAUCAGCCGUUGAACUGCUACGCUUUGCUCGCGCUUUAAGCUCUCACUUCACUCGGCAUCUCUGCCGUGUGCUGAACCUUGCUUUUCAAGCAACUUUGUGCACAAC